UUCAACAUCUUGACCAGGAAGAGCCGACAUACCACAAUGUAGGCGAACUGAAAUACCUGGACAAGGUCGUGAAGGAGGUUCUACGUAUGUACCCUGUCAUAUACGGGGUGAACAGACAUACGGUGCAGACUCGAACCAUAAAGGGUGUGACGUUCCCAAAGGGAAGCAACGUCUACAUCCCCAUCUUCCACAUCCACAGGGACCCCGCCAUCUACCCCGACCCGGACACGUUCAACCCUGACAGAUGGUCUGAAAACACGGUGAGACAUCCUAUGGCGUACAUUCCGUUUGGGGCUGGUCCAAGGGUUUGUGUGGGGAUGAGAUUGGCGGUUUUCGAACUGAAAGUAGCAAUAAUCAAAGUCCUGAGGGCGGUGAAGUUCAGCACGACGAAGAAGACCCAGGAAAAAAUAGUCUUCGCCGACAGUAGUUUCUUGAUGCCAAAGACACCAAUAGUGCUCCAUGUUGAAAGGCGCUAGACCAGUGUUGGUCAUCACGGAAGUGUGUCUGUGGACAUUCACUCUUCCAAAGCAAGCAAG